CCGCACUUUCUCCCAACCAAUCAAUGACAGUUAGACAGCACCGAGGGUUUCCAACCUCACUGUCCAAGCCAAGCCCUCCAAGUUCCUUCAUUGCUCUACGGUCUGCGUUGCAUCUGGAAGCACGCGUGAGAGGUUGGACUCUGUAUUUACAGACAUGACAUCAAAUCCAGGUGGGGUCAUGGCCGUAUCAAGUCUCGAUGAACAUCAAAGCUUGGCCGUAGCUGCUGCAGCUGCAGCAGCCGCCGCCGCAGCUACUGGCCCGAUAAUGCCUUCUACCACUCCAACGGAUUACAUGACGAUUCCGCACGCAACGAUCGAUCUUGGUUCGGGACCCCUGGCAGCUCAACAUGUAGCUUACCCGUACGCUGCGACAGACCCCUACUAUGGCAACAUCGUCACAUUUGGCUCUCAGGCACUGAUGGCUCCUCUUGUGGGAUUACAGCAGCAGACACGAAUGCCACUACCUUCCGAGAUUGUGGAAGAGGAGCCUGUUUAUGUCAACGCAAAGCAAUAUCAUGGUAUCUUACGUCGGCGCCAAGCCCGUGCUAAAGCAGAAGCCGAAAAUCGUCUGGUGAAGGCUCGAAAGCCUUACUUGCACGAGUCUCGACAUAAGCAUGCACUUCGCCGGGCCAGAGGUUGUGGUGGACGCUUCCUCAACACCAAGCAGCUUGAGGAAGCUGCCGCGAAGGCUCAGUCUGGUCAAGGAUCAGGCGAGCAACCACGAAAUGGUGAAGGAAAGAAACAGAAGAAGGAUCAAGAGCAGCAUGGAGGAACGAAUGUUGAUCCUGGCAGUGACGGGGAUGUGAACAGGUCGUCAGCCAGCAGCGAAGGGGAACAAGGUUCCGACUCUGGCAAGGGAGCUGUAGGGUCUGACAAUGCCCUUCAAUUGGUCCAGGCUGGACACAACACCAGUGGAACUGGCUUGCAAAAUGCAGAGACUGCAAAUGGUCUUGGUGAGGCUGGAGAAGCUGUCCAUGCUGGGACCGACAUAACUGCGGCGAAUCCAAAUAAUCUGCAGUCUCAGGCGCUUCAGCAGGCUCAGCAAGGCGACCAGAAGCAGCAACAGCAGCAGCAGCAACAGCUUCAAAUGCAUGGGUUUGAUUUCGGGUUCACUAACCCUCAUGGAUUUUACCAGUUUGGUGGCGUUAAUGGACUGACUGCUCCUUCCCCAGCGUUUCACCACACUGCUCCCUCCUUCCACCCUAGUGGAACCCCUGCAUUUCAUCACCCGUCUGCAUUUCACCCUAUCACAUCAGCUGUUGGUGAAGCCAACACUGCCUUCGCUAGAGGUUCAGCUGCUGUUGCUGCUGGUGGUCCUGUGUCUGCUGGAGGCAGUGGUUUCCUGCAUGGGGAUACUAAAGUCUGAUCGUAAUAAGAUUUGACUGCUGGUUCUCUGUUGCCCCAGCCAUCCUCUCACUGGCUUCUGUUGCAGCUCAUCGAUUCAGCAUGAAGUAUGGUUUGAUAAGUUGCUGUAUAGUGAUGAAUGGACCUUGCUGACUUCAUGUUUUGUUUGCCUUUCUUACAGUAAUGUUCUCUGCAUAUUUAUAUGUAGGGUUUCCCCAAUUUUCAGAUUGAG